AGUUUUUUGGCAAAAAACUAUGAAGACUGCAACAGCGCUGGUGGUGUGUAUGGCGGUAGCCGUGGCCCAGGCCUACAUCCCGAUGGGUCCGCCGGUGGCCAGGAGUGCGGGCGGCCGUGUGGUGGGCGGCAAACCCGCUACCAAAGGCCAGAAUCCGUGGCAAAUCUCGCUGAACGCCAACUCGUGGUUCGGCAAGAGUCACAUCUGCGGCGGUUCUCUACGGGACGCCAACACCGCCAUCACCGCUGCCCACUGUUGCGACGGCCAAACAGAUCUGUAUGUGUUGUGGGGCGGUUUGGACCGAACUAAACUGGCCAACGAGCGCAAAGUGAGCAAGAUCCUGGGCCACCCUCAGUACAACGGAAACACCAUUGACUACGACUACUGUCUAUUGAAGUUGGCCUCACCCGCGGCCGAGAGCGACGGCGUUCAGUUCGCAACACUGGCCAGUACUAGUCCGGCCGACGGCGCCAACGCCCUGUUGACCGGUUGGGGCAAAACGUCCGGGUCGUCGAGCGCACUGCCCACCGCACUCCAGGCCGCCAACUUCGCUAUUGUGAGUCAGGCCAAUUGCCACAGUUUGUGGUCCGAUGUGAACACGGUCACUCCCCGUAUGAUUUGCGCCGCCCAUCAAUCGGCCAGUGGUUGCAAUGGUGAUUCGGGUGGUCCGUUGAGCGUGGGUAAUGAGUUAGUUGGUAUUGUCUCGUGGGGUUCAAAUGGGUGUCCGGCCGACACCACUAAGCGGCCAACGGUUUACGCCGAUGUGGCCAAUCAGCGAACGUGGCUCUCGCAGACUGUUGCUUAAAAGCAGUUUGGUCAAUUUAGCUACAAAAUAAUAUUACUAUAUGGAAUAAAAAUAUACAUGGCCUGGUUUUGGACACGAUUAUCGAUAUUGUUGCCUUUUCUGUAUUAAUUAAUACCG